GAGAGGCCAACAGACAGAAGGAGCCAGACAGAAAGAGAAAAAGAGAAACAGAGACAGAGAGACAAUUCAGAUAGAAAUAGAGAGACAGAGAUAGAGAGUGGGAAGCAGACUAACUCACAGAGUCAGAAGUAUAAAAAGAGAGAGAGACAGAAAGACAGGGAAAGAGAAAUAAACAGAAAAUUAGACACCAAAGAGAUACAGGAAGAAAAACAGACUGAGGAGAGACCCAGAAAGAGGAGAGAGAAGCCAGGGCAGAGCGUGCCAGCUGGCGGCAUGGAGGGUCACCUGGCGUGGGAGAUGUAGUGGCCGCGACCUGGGCCAAGCUGGGUGGGCAGAGAGAAGCCGGUGCCUUGGCGGAGGUCAGGGGGCAUGGGAGGGGCAGGAAUCCUGCUGCUGCUGCUGGCUGGGGUGGGCAUGGGGGAGGCCUGGAGACCCCCAAAGGGAAAGUGUCCUCUGGGUUGCUCCUGCUCCAAAGACAGUGCCCUGUGUGAGGGCUCCCCGGACCUGCCCGAGAGCUUCGCCCCGACCCUGCUGUCGCUCUCACUCGUUAGGACUGGAGUCACCCAGCUGAAGGCCGGCAGCUUCCUGAGAGUACCGUCACUGCACCUGCUCCUCUUCACAUCCAACUCCUUCUCCGUGAUCGAGGACGAUGCGUUUGCGGGCCUGUCCCACCUGCAGUACCUCUUUAUCGAAGACAAUGAGAUUGGCUCCAUCUCUAAGAACGCUCUCAGAGGACUCCGCUCACUCACACACCUAAGCCUGGCCAAUAACCAUCUCGAGACCCUCCCCAGAUUCCUGUUCCGAGGCCUGGAGACCCUGACUCACGUGGACCUCCGCGGGAACCCGUUCCAGUGUGACUGCCGUGUCCUCUGGCUGCUGCAGUGGAUACCCACCGUGAACGCCAGCGUGGGGACUGGGGCCUGUGCCAGCCCCACCGCCCUGGCCCACAUGCAGCUCCACCACCUCGACCCCAAGACGUUCAAGUGCAGAGCCAUAGAGCUGUCCUGGUUCCAGACGGUCGGCGAGUCGGCGCUGGGCGUAGAGGCGUUCUCCUACCAAGGGGAGCCCCACGUCGUCCUGGCACAGCCCUUUGCCGGCCGCUGCCUGAUCCUGACCUGGGACUACAGCCUGCAGCGCUUCCGGCAGGAGGAAGAGCUGUCUGCGCCCUCGGUGGUGUCCUGCAAGCCGCUGGUGCUGGGCCCGCGCCUCUUUGUGCUGGCCGCCCGCCUGUGGGGAGGCUCGCAGCUGUGGGCGCGGCCCGGCCCCGACCUGCGCCUGGCCCCGCUGCAGGCCCUGGCUCCACGGCGGCUGCUGCGGCCCAAUGAUGCCGAGCUCCUGUGGCUGGACGGGCAGCCCUGCUUCGUGGUGGCCGACGCCUCCAAGGCGGGCAGCACCACGCUGCUGUGCCGCGACGGGCCCGGCUUCUACCCGCGCCAGAGCCUGCACGCCUGGCACCGGGACACGGAUGCCGAGGCCCUCGAGCUGGAUGGCCGGCCCCAUCUGCUGCUAGCCUCCGCCUCACAGCGGCCCGUGCUCUUCCACUGGUUUGGGGGCCGCUUCGAGAGGCGCACGGACAUCCCCGAGGCCGAGGACGUCUAUGCCACACGCCACUUCCAGGCCAGCGGAGAUGUGUUCCUGUGCCUGACACGCUACAUCGGGGACUCCAUGGUCAUGCGCUGGGAUGGUUCCAUGUUUCGCCUGCUGCAGCAGCUUCCCUCUCGCGGUGCCCACGUCUUCCAGCCACUGCUCAUCGCCAGGGACCAGCUGGCUAUCCUGGGCAGCGACUUCGCCUUCAGCCAGGUCUUCCGCCUUGAGCCUGACAGGGGGCUCCUGGAGCCACUGCAGGAGCUGGGGCCCCCAGCCUUGGUGGCCCCCCGUGCCUUUGCCCAUAUCACCAUGGCCGGCAGACGCUUCCUCUUCGCUGCUUGCUUCAAGGGCCCCACACAGAUCUACCAGCAUCACGAGUUAGACCUCAGUGCCUGAGACUGGAAGGGACCCUGGACAUGGCUGGCAGAGGGUUGGCAUGGGGAGUCCUGGGCCUCUGGAUGCCCCAUUGCCUGGACUCCUGGCCCUACUCAGAGGUGACUGCUGGUCCUGUGAGAUACUGACCACAGGCCAAGUUCAAGGCAAGAGCUGCUCCUCCAGUCUUAAGCAACAUCUUGGCUGGGGGCAGAUGACCCCUCCCCCUCCAAGGAUGACUUGGGGGCUCAGGCUGGGGCACCGCCGCACAGAGCCAGUACAGAAAUCAUGGGGGGGGGGUAAUGUGCAGCGCUCCAUGAGGUCUGGAAGCGCCCCCCUCAACCCACUCUCACCCCUCCUAUUCCCUGUAAAAGUACUACGGAGAGGAUAGCUUUCCUUUUCCUUCUAAACUCAAUCCAGCCAAUCGCUUUUAGUGCCCGCCUCCAUGACGUCAUCAGUAGCUGGGCAGUUUUCCCUGCCGGGCUUGCUAACUUCCUCUGCUGCUUGUGCGCAUGCCUGCUGCCGAGGCGGAAGCCCAGUGUGUCUUCCCUGUUGCGCUUGCGCAGGGAAUAGGCGGGAAAUUGAGAAUUGUUGCCCAGAGUCCGAGGUACCCGUCCUCGGUCGGUGAAAGGGACGAGGACAGAAAGUGUAUGAGCUCAAUAAACGCGCUGUGCACCCGC